GUAUCCCAAGAAGCUGGUGGAGACCUACUCAGUUUUCCCAAACCAGGAUGAGAUGAGUGACGUUGUGGUGCAGCCGUACAACUCGCUGCUGACGCUGAAGAGGCUGACUCAGAACGCUGACUGCGUGGUUGUUCUGGACAACACGGCCUUGAAUCGGAUUGCGACGGACCGGCUGCACAUUCAGAACCCGUCAUUCUCUCAGAUCAACCAGCUGGUCUCCACCAUCAUGUCUGCCAGCACCACCACGCUCCGGUACCCCGGCUAAAUGAACAACGACCUCAUUGGGCUGAUCGCCUCGCUGAUCCCCAACCCUCGGCUGCACUUCCUUAUGAGCAGCUCCCAGCUCUGCUGGGACCAAGCUGCUUUGCCCAUCACCCUGCUGCCCCUUGCUGCUCUCCACCAGGUUCACAAGAGUCUGCAGCGGAUCCGGGAGAGGAAGCUGGCCAACUUCAUCCCCUGGGGUCCUGCCAGCAUCCAGGUGGCUUUGUCCCGCAAGUCCCCCUACCUGCCCUCUGCUCACCGUGUCAGCGGCCUCAUGAUGGCAAACCACACCAACAUCUCCUCGCUGUUUGAGCGGACGUGCCGGCAGUACGACAAGCUGCGCAAGCGGGAGGCCUUUCUGGAGCAGUUCCGCAAGGAGGACAUCUUCAAGGACAACUUUGACGAGCUGGACAACUCCCGGGAGAUCGUGCAGCAGCUGAUCGAUGAGUACCACGCGGCCACGCGCCCUGACUACAUCUCCUGGGGCACGCAGGAGCAGUGA